GUCAGUGUGCGCAGCUGCAUUUUGAACCGUCGAGCGUUAAUGAGGAAGUGAGUUGACAACAUGGUUGUAAGCGUGAAUCUUUUUUAAAGUUGUUGUCAGUCGUACCGGUGUUUUAUUUAUUAGUAUUUUUUUUAUCUGGCUUGGCAACAUGAAGAUAAAUGAAAACACUUUGCUGGAGGGACACAAAGUCGUGCUGGUCCCUUACAACGCAGACCACGUACCCAGGUAUCAUGAGUGGAUGAAGUCUCCUGAGCUGCAGCAGCUGACGGCUUCAGAGCCGCUGACCCUGGAGCAGGAGUACGACAUGCAGAGGAGCUGGAGGGAAGAUGACGACAAGUGCACGUUCAUCAUUUUGGACAAGCAGCGGUGGGCGGACACCAGUGUGGAAGAGGAGCAGUGCAUGGUGGGAGAUGUCAACAUCUUCUUGACGGACCCCACAGACCCAUCCUCGGCUGAGUUGGAGAUCAUGAUAGCAGAGCCCGGUUACAGAGGCAAAGGCAUCGGGAAAGAGGUGACGCGUAUGAUGAUGUGCUACGGUGUCACCAAACUUGGUGUCAAAAAGUUUCAAGUGAAAAUCGGGCUGGACAACCAGAUCAGCAUCAACAUGUUCAAGAAACUCCACUUCCAGGAGGUGUCGGUGUGUCGGGUCUUCAAAGAGAUGACGCUCGAGAUGACGGUGGACGAGUCAGUUCGGACGAGGCUGCUGGCCGACACGACCGACAUGAGGGAGAAGGACUACAGGCAGACCUGCAGCAACAGACAGGAACUGCUUUCGUAGUGAAGUGUCUCAGACUUGAAGCCGUGAAGGAGAUCCAGAGCUGAAAACUGGUGUGUGUGGAUCCUACAGUCCUCUGUUCACCUUCAUACACUCUGAAUCCGUAAUACCAGAGCACCUCACUUUAUCUCUGCAGAGAUCAGAAGUAACUGAGUGUAUUCACCCAAGUAUGGAACCUUAGUACAGUCUUCAGGUUCCGGUUCUUUAUGUAAGUAUUUUAAUUUGGAGGACCAUUUCCGCCUUUGUGUUUCAGAGGGAAACGUGAUACUUUGUGUGCGUGUUAGCUCGUUUAAUAUCUGACAGCUGGAGUUACAAGUUACACGCUCGGAUUAAAAGCAUGUGGACACCUGAACAUAACACUGUGUCAGUCCGAAAUUUUAAUCUGCUGCUGAAACAGCCUCCAGUCUUCUUCAGUUCCACAAGAUUUGAUCUUUGCCGGUCAGAAAAUGAUUUGUGGCCUGUCCUGGGUGGUUUUUGACUUCUGGCGGUUUCUACUGGAAGUGGUUAAUACGAUUUUGUUCCGCAUCGUAACACAGGCUCUUAUUUUGUAGCAGAAAUACAUAUAAAGGUACACGGACGAAACGCAAGUUUGCGCCUGUACACUCUGACAUUUUUGGUACUACAAAAGAAACAGGGUGAUUAUUAAACAAUUUUGUCCUUUAAAGUUUCCGUUUCCCUGAUUGGAGCGAAACGCAUCUCUUGUGCAUUACAACAAAACGUAUUUGUCUCGAGUUGCUCUUAAUUGCUGCAUUAGUGCGCUGCAUUGCUCAUAAUUCUCUCGUUCGGAAGCGGAAGGCUGGCGGUCGAAAUCGAAGGCCAACAUCGGGAGCUUCGCUGAGCUCCUUUCAUAUCGCACCACGUGACGCUGAACGAGAAAUCGAAGGACAUAAUUCUGCAUGUUGUAUCCUCUCUGUACCGACUGUGCAGCAUUUUUGAGGGCAAGAAUCAGAUGUUUAUUUUGAGGCAUCCACAGUGUAGUUUCUUUAAAGUUAGAUUUUUUAAUCCUUAUUCACAUGAAAGGUAAAACGGCUGACAGGUAAAGUGAGAAAACUUACGCUCUUGAACACUUUGCAUUUCAUCUCUUUUGAUAUCGUGAAUUCACUCCAGCAGCAGUUUCCUACGGUCUUUCUGGCUUUCUUUGUUGCGGUUGCUUCACUGAGACGAGGAGGCUUUAAUAUUUCUCUGUAAUUGUUCUUCAUCACUUAAACUCCACUCUGCUCCUUGUCUCGGUUUCCUCAGCUCCAGCGGACAGAUUACACAGUGGAUCUAAGUUUCAUCUGCCUAAUGGUGGCUGUGGUUGCUGGCUCUUUCGCAGGCUGCCUUCUCUGUCAUAUUAGCUGUCAUAUGAGCUCAUUCGCAUAAUGUUUGAGGUAUUGACUAUGGAAGUGAAAUAUACAGUCGAAGCGAUGAUCAGGAAAUGGAUAUCACCCAUCAUAAAAACAGAUGUGCAGCUUCUGGUAAUCUGUGUUUGUGCUGUGGAGCUUAGCUCUUAUAAUUCAGCUGUUAAAAGCAUUUCCUAACUCUUUAACUCUGUUUAAUUUAAUUAUGUGUCCAUGUCAGUUCUUUGUACAGAAAGAAGUUUCACACAUUAACAACUAAGCCACAUCAUCAGACUGAGUCACUAUUGAGGAUCAAAGUAAAGUAUUUUUAAAGUAUUUUUUUUUAAAGGGAUACUGUUGGCAUCCAUAAAAAUUAAAACUUG